UCACGUGGUACAUACACAAACUUAUACGGCCAUAUUGGUUUUGUGCUUCGUGUUCAGGCUGGUGAAAAAACGAUUAAACGGAUAGAUUGUGACAGAAUGGCAGACACACUAAAGUUCGGUCCAGAGUGGCUUCGUGCCUUAUCAGAUGGAAACAAUGUUGGGACACCUCCUCCUUCCCCAGGGUUUGGGAAAUACAAACUGGCAGAACAUCGUUAUGGUCGGGAAGAGAUGUUAGCCUUGUUCAAUCCUGACACAGACCCUCCAGAAGAAAUCAAGAAACUUACACCAGUAUAUGUUGACAAAAAACAAGAACCUCUAGCAUUAGUCGCACUAUCUGAAGAGGAACAGAGGAUUUUGUCCCAGUCUGUUAACAGUGUGGCAGUAUUAAGAAUGUUUGGGCGUGGUGGGCCCCCAGGGAUCAGAGGAGCCAGGGGAGGAGGACCAGACAGGGGGAGAGGCAGAGGUAGAGGUCGUGGGGAAUACAUACAGAGGGGGAUAUCUUAUGAGGAGACAGGUGGGGGGUUUGGUCGUCCUCCAACCCACAACAGAAAUGACGGAUGGGAAGAAGUUGGUGCAAAGAGAAAUUACAACACAAAUCGUUAUGAUGAUGGUUCAGGUGGCCCCCCUAAACGUGAGUUUAAUAGAUCCCUCAGCAGUGAGAACUGGAGAGACCGGGGCGGAAACGAGGAGGAGGAGGAGGACGGGGACUGGAGGCGAGCAGGGGGAUCUAAGUGGAAUGCAAGAGGGAGUUGGAGGGAUCCAGCAACAAGAGGAGGUUUUGACCCAGAUAGACGACAGAAUGGAAUUCACAGGGGUGGGUUUGACAGGGGUGGGCGUCAGUAUCAGAGGUCACGCAACAGUGAAUCUUGGGAUGAUGAGGAAAUUUUGCCAGAGUGGAGCAUGCCUGAUUCAGAUGAUGUUGAAGAGCUCGGCACGUUUGAUUCAAGUGGAGCUUUUGUUUCAACAAAGCCCGAAGAUCUAAAUAACAAGGACAAUCACACAAAGGAGGAGAGUCCAGGGAAACCCCCGUCACCUGUUGCUCAGACUUCAGUCAAGGAGGAAUCCAAGCAAGACUCCAAAAAUAAAGCAAUUCCAAAGCAACCUAACGCUAAUGAGGACAAAGCUCCGCCCUCUAAAAAACAGGACAAAGUGGCUGAAAACAAAACUGUGAUCAAUAACAAUAAAGCUGAGCCCUCGCAGGGCAAAUCAAAGAAAGAGGAAGCCCCAAAAACAAAAAAGGACAAAAGUUCUCAGCAGAAUAGUGCUCAAAGUUCCAGUGGUGAGGUCAAGAAAGAAAGUGCUACUCAAGAUAGAGGUUCUACACAAGGUGCCAAAAAAGAGACAAAGACUGAGAAAGAGAAACCUAGGGACCACUCGGCACCACCGGUGAAGAAAGGGACCACUGUGUCUGAAGUGGAGAAGGAGGCCUUAGAUCGCCUUCAGGAAAGUGCAGAGAAUAUGGUGCUAGCUGCCAUGACAGCAGAGGAGGAAGAAAGAGAGAUGAGGAGUGGUCCCCCACCCCCCGCUGCACUACCCCAGCCCUCUCCCAGUGUAGCAGUACCUCUCGAUCACGAAAAUGCACAAAAAUGGUUUUAUAGAGACCCCCAAGGGGAUACACAAGGUCCAUUUGCAUCCAAUGAAAUGGCUGAAUGGUUUAGUGCUGGAUAUUUUACCAUGGAUCUCUAUGUUAGGCGGGGAUGUGACGACAAAUUUUCCCCAUUAGGAGAGCUGAUAAAGCGCUGGGGGCGUGUUCCUUUUCUACCAGGACCCUCUGCACCCCCGCUAUUGAAUGUCCCACCGACCAGCCAGCCAAACUUGGAGCAGAUGCAACAAUUACAGCAACAACAAGAACAACUGAAGGCUCUGCAUGCACAGUAUCUCCUCCAGCAACAAGCCAUGCAGCAGCAGUUGCUUAGACAAAUUCAGAUGCAACAGAUUCAACAGAUCAUGCAACAUAUGCAGGAAAAUGAACAGUAUAAAAAUCUGAGCCCUGCCCAGCAGAAACAGAUCGCCAUGCAGUUACUGCUGAAGCAACCUCCUCAGCCAGUGAUGAUGCCCAUGCAGCAACCCUCCAAACUCUCACCAAGGUCCCCACCAUCAGAGGCAGCCCCCAUGAACGACCAUCCCCCCACAUCAUCUAGUCACCCCUCAUUCCAUCGCUCCAUGUCUCAACCCAGUGAUUUACAGGCGGAGGACGGGUCAAUCUGGGGGGUCGCCCAGUCAGUACCCAUGGCUCAGCCAGUACCCCCAGGUGGGAAUCCCCCUAGUGUGUGGGAUGUGAUCCCACAUUCCCGGUCAACUCCAGACAUGGAGCUAGAACGAGCCAGGAAGGAGAAGGAAGAACUUGAGAUGAGAAAGAAACAUGAAGAGGAGAUGAAACGCAAACAGGAGGAGUUCCUUAAGCAACAACAGGAGGAGCUUCGUCAGCAACAGCUAGAAAUCCAGAGAGAGAAAGAAGAGAUGGAGAGAAAGAGGGAGGCACUGGAGAGAGAAACAGCCAUCCAACUACAGAAACUUGAAGAGGCCCGAAGAAAGGAAGAGGAAGUCAGAAGAAGAAAAGAGGAAGAGGAUAGAAUGAAACAGCAGAGGGAGGAGGAGACAAGGAAGCAGAGACAGGAAGAACAGAAGAAGAGGGAGGAGGAGAUGAGACAAAGAGAGUUAAAGAGACAAGAAGACUUACAGAGACAACAACAGGAGAUGUUACGACAACAGGAGCAGAGAAAGCGAGAGAUGGAGGAGAUGGAGAAUCAGAAACAACUGGAGUUACAGCGAAGGCAGGAACAACAAAGACAACAACAGGAGGCCCUCAAAAAGCUCCAGCAGGAACAACUGGCCAACAUCCAGUUACCCUCUCACGCCCAGUGGGGGAGUCAGCCGGUGACCCAGACGUCUCAGAAAACCAGGUCACUGCUGGAGAUUCAGGAGCAAGAGGAGAGGGAGAGGAGAGAGAAGGAGGAGAUACAGAGAAGACUUGAGAAUGAACGACAACAGAUGCUGGCCAUUCAACAACAGCAACAACAACAGAAGUCGUGGUCCAGCCAGAUUUUGCGCGAGACCGUCAGAUUUCCAACACAACAACAAAAUAUGAAGACGUUACUUGAAAUCCAGGAAGAACAACGAAAACUGGAGGAAGAGAAACAACGAAAACAACAGCAAACUCAGGCCAAGCAAAAUAUAAGCUUAGCAGCUGCCAGUGCUUGGGGGGGAGGUCAGCCAACUUCAUCCUCCCACUGGGCCAGUGAGGGGGCCUGGGGGAACGCCACCCGCCAAGCCUCCACGGGGAGCAGCAGUGCCAGCAAUGGAGCAGGGUCCCUGGGCUUCUGGGACGAUGCCAUUAUAUCCUCAAAACGAGCACCUAAACCAAGUAAUCAGGGAGGAGUGACUACUGAGUUUCCCACCUUAAAGGGACAGCCUCAGCAGAAAGCCCCUCCUGCAUCCACUACACAGACAAACAAAGCAAAGCCCUCCAAGAGAGGCAAAGAAGAGGAAGCGGUCCAGAGACUUUUCCAGGGCAGUGCUCCCCCGGACGACACAUUCUCUCAGUGGUGUGACAAGGCACUGAAGGCCCUCAACACAUCAGUAGACAUUCCUACUUUUGUGGCAUUUUUAAAAGAAGUUGAAUCCCCAUACGAAGUACACGAUUAUGUGCGGGUGUAUGUGGGGGAGUCUAAGGGAGCACAAGACUUUGCCAAACAAUUCCUGGAGAAAAGAAGCCAGAGUCGCAACAAAGCACGGCAAACAGUCGAGGACAGUAUUUGGGGCCCUGCCCCUGCCCGCGAUUUCCGUCAGUCCGGCGGGAAUCAGCAUAGUGAGUCAGACUCGCAGAAAGCCAAGGGAAAGAAGAAAAAGAAGAUGCAGAAAAUCGACAGCAGUAUUCUUGGAUUCACGUGUGCUGCUGAUCCAGACCGCAUCAACGUUGGAGAAAUUGAAGCUGAUGGCACAACAAAGUGAGCGGAUUAUAUCCAGGAAACGGGAUUUAAUCAGCCACAGAAAUUGUGUAUAAUUUGAUGGUGACAACAAUUUCUUUAUUAUGUGUGAGAACUUGGUGGUAGUUAUUGAUGGCUUUCUAUGCGCUGUGUGUGUACUGUCCUCAGUGAUCGUCCGGGCCCAGAGUUCUACAGUCGGCCCAGGAUCAGCUGACAUUGACCACCCACUACACUUCUCACCACUACAAAGUCUGUGUUUUAGCAUAUCGAACCUGACAACCAGUCUCUGUUAUAACUCUUUGUUUUAAAGGUCCUGCUGACCAUCUUAAUUUGUUGAAUCAUGACUUUUUAUUUUCCUUCUUAUGCUGCUCUCUUUGAAGUCUGUUUUAUGUUUCUGUACUGUUUUACCUGUGAGAUCUACCUGAGCUCUGGUAUAAUGAGCUAAGUGAUAGUGAGUACCAUAUCAUGAUCUGAAACUUAACGUACAGCCAUGACAGCUGUCCACAGACUAAGUGAACCAUUCAAACUUGUGCAAUAUAACAAAACGCCCAAUCAUGAGCUGAUAUUUUAAGAACUUAUUUUAAUCAAACUUACACAAAGUUAGUCAGGUUUGGUUUUUGAUAUGCUAGAUUUCUGUAUGAAAUUAUCGCCUUAAUGGAAAACUAAGGUCACAUUAAGAAAAAAAAAUACAAAUUUUAAGUUAUUUUACAACCUUCAAUACUCGUUAACAUAUAUUUGACAAAAUUAAGUUUCAAUUCUAUUUAAAAAAAUAUGUAAGAAUAAUUUUAAACAAUCAAAAGUAUUGAAUAGAAGUUAUUGGUGUUGACUGAUUACGUAAAUGAUUUUUAUCUGGGCUUCUCCCGUGUUGGAGAAAGUUAACGCCCACUGUUACAUGUGUUAAAAAUAAAACGCUCCUCCGAUCUAGAUCAUGACGUCACAGGCCUUUGGCCCGGUGAUAUAAUCUGGACCAGAGAUUCAAAAAGUUCAAUAAAAAAUUAAAAUAAAA